UUAAUCCACAGCUUUUCUCAUUCACCCUCCCACUUGGGACUAAUGCAAGGCAUGACCAUCUAUUGAGGAAAACCACAAAAAACUUCAAAAACAGCUGCAACGGUAUCCUAAGAAGAUUUCAGUUGCAUUCAAGUACCUUUGUUUAAGGCACCUAAUUAUUAGCAAACGGAAAUUAUCAACAUUGCUUGGAUUCUUGAUAGAAAAAGAACUAAAAUCAUUUUCUGAAACUAUUUUUCAGAAUGUCACUGAUACGUAAAAACUUUUAGCAUCUAAUUAAAGAUCACUAAGGGUUAAAUACUUGUUCUCUGGCCCCUACUGCGUUCACCGUGCCAGAAAGUCCUCUAAGCUUUUAAAUAUUGCUUCGAUGGUCUGCGUUUCUAUUUCCAGGGAAAAGGAGAGUAUUGCCCCACAGUCAGCAGGCCACUAGCUUAUUAACUUCCAGUCACCUUAAUUUUUGCUAAAAUGAAGACUCUGCAGUCUACACUUCUCCUGUUUCUGUUUGUGCCUCUGAUAAAGCCAGCACCACCAGCUCAGCAGGAUUCACGCAUUAUCUAUGAUUAUGGAACAGAUAAUUUUGAAGAAACCUUAUUUAGCCAAGAUUAUGAGGAUAAAUAUCUGGAUGGAAAAAGAACUAAGGAAAAAGAAACUGUAAUACCCGAUGAGAAAAGCUUUCAAUUACAGAAAGAUCAGAGUGUAACACCACCACCUCCGAAGAAAGAAAAUGAUGAAAUGCCCACGUGCCUGCUGUGUGUUUGUCUAAGUGGUUCUGUGUACUGUGAAGAAGUUGACAUUGAUGCUGUCCCACCUCUGCCGAAGGAAUCAGCCUAUUUGUAUGCACGAUUCAACAGAAUCAAAAAGUUGACUGCCAAAGAUUUUGCAGACAUACCUAACUUAAGACGACUUGAUUUUACGGGGAAUUUGAUUGAAGAUAUAGAAGACGGUACUUUUUCAAAACUUUCUCUGUUAGAAGAGCUUACACUGGCUGAAAAUCAACUACUGAAACUUCCAGUUCUCCCUCCCAAGCUUACUUUGUUUAAUGCAAAAUACAACAAAAUCAAGAGUAGAGGAAUCAAAGCAAAUGCAUUCAAAAAACUGCAUAACCUCUCCUUCCUCUACUUGGACCACAAUGCCCUGGAAUCUGUGCCUCUUAAUUUACCAGAAAGUCUGCGUGUAAUUCAUCUUCAGUUUAACAACAUAACUUCAAUUACAGAUGAUACAUUCUGCAAGGCUAACGACACCAGUUAUAUUCGGGACCGAAUUGAAGAGAUACGCUUGGAGGGCAACCCAAUUGUCCUGGGAAAACAUCCCAACAGUUUUAUCUGCUUAAAAAGAUUGCCUGUAGGGUCAUAUAUUUAACCACUAUCAAUGUAGCAUAUAAGCUAAAGUACACACAUACUCACAGUCUGUCUCAACAAUGUCUAAAGGAGCAUAAAUAUUUAAUACUAAUUUUGUAUCCCACUAUGAAGGAAUCGAUGGAAGCAAGGAUGUUUAAAAAUCUUACAUAUAACAACAAGUAAAAAGUAAGAUUGAAUCUCAAAGUUCAAAACAAAGUAAUGUGAAAAUAUUUGAACAGCAUUACAAAAUCCUUGUAAGCUUAUACUAGAAAACCAUUUAAAAGAUAUGUUUUUAUAUAAAUACCCCAAUUUAAGAACUAUUAUGAAGUGAGAGGAUAAAGCCAAGAAACUUUCAACUGUUUGUCUUUCCUGGCCUCUACUGGAUCCCUAAAGCAUUUAAGGCAAAUGUUGUAAAAUCUCUGAAAAGCUAAAUAUUUCCAGUGACCUUCCACUUUUCUUUUAUGAUUCAUACAUUAUUCAUUAUGAAGUAAGAAUUCUGUUUUCUUUCUAUUAAGGCAGCUAUUUUAUUUUUACUUAGCCUGAGAAGUAGGGUAUAGUCUUGUAUCUAGGCAAAACUUUCCAAAUAAAGCAUAAUUUUACUCUCUGAUAAAGACCUAAUACAGCAAUGUUUAAUUAUUCUGCUUUGUAGUCACACAGUUAGCGCCUUUAGUAAAACAGUACAAAAUUUUCUUUAAUCUAAAUAUUAACACUCUAUCAAUAAACAUUUUAAUUUAAGCACACCAAAAUCAGUAGGCUUAUAAGAAAAACUGAAAAUCCAUCCUGUUUCUCAGAACACAGGCAUAAAUAAAGUUCUCCACUAUAAAGGCUUUCAAUUAUGAUAUAUACUGCAAAAUAUUUUCUUUUUAUACUAUAGGAAUGAGAGUCUCAUCAAUAAAUUUAUCCAAAUGUAAGAUA